UUCGAAGAAUUGAAAGCAAAUUCGAAGAAGAAAGAAAGAAAGAAAGAAAGAAAGAAAGAAUGAGUUUCAGAGAUCUGGAGUCUGGUCUGCCUCCGCAACGACAAAGACAAUCCUCGCUUUUGUUGAAGAAGAAUUCUUCGUCCUCAAAGAAUUACUAUGAGAAGAACAAGGAGGAGGCGGAGGAGGAGCCGUCGCGGGCUGUGGCCGCUGGGAUUUUCCAAUUGCAAACCGCCGUCUCCUCCUUUUACCGCCUCGUCAAUUCCCUCGGCACCCCUAAAGACACCCUUCAACUCCGUGACAACCUGCAUAAGACAAGGACACAUAUUGGGCAGUUGGUGAAAGAUAUCUCAGCUAAACUUAAGCAAGCUAGUGAUACUGAUCACCAUGCUGAAGUUAGUGUUGUCAAGAAGAUUGCUGAUGCUAAGCUUGCAAAGAAUUUCCAGGCAGCUCUUAAAGACUAUCAGAAGGCUCAAAGGCUUGCUGCUGAAAGGGAGACUGCAUAUGCUCCUUUUGUUCCCAAACAAGUUCUCCCUUCCAGUUAUUCUCCCCACGAACAAGAGAUGAGUUCAGCUAGAAGUCCCAAGCAGCAAUCGCUCCUUCUAGAAUCAGAAAGACAAGCAAUUUUGCUAUCAGACAAUGAGAUUGCAUUCAAUGAAGCCAUUAUUGAGGAAAGGGAGCAAGGGAUCCAAGAAAUUCAGCAACAAAUUAGUGAGGUUAAUGAGAUUUUCAAAGAUCUAGCUGUCCUGGUUCAAGAUCAAGGAGCUCUAAUAGAUGAUUUUAGUUCCAAUAUUGACAACGCUCAUUCUGCAACUGCACAAGCUACUUCCCAACUUUCAAAAGCAUCCAAGCUCCAAAAAUCAAAUUCAUCCCUGACCUGUUUGCUGCUGGUGAUAUUUGGAAUAGUCCUCAUCAUUGUCCUUAUAGUUGUUGUUGCUUGAGCAAUGCAUUUCUAUGCCCAGUGAAUGAUCACACAAGUCCUUGGUGGUGUUUCCUUACAAGAGCUCUUGCUGUACAAGUUGAACGUGAUUUUGAGCUUCACCCACCUCAUCUUCGUGUGGCUGUGUCCUCUUGUGUAAAUACAGAUAGGAUGCUUGUUAUAAUAAUCAAUCCUCAGUUUGUAGUUGGGGUCUACAAGCCUCAAAAGAAAAACUACAGCAUAUACACCAAAUUCAUUCCCCAUUUGUAUCAAAACUUUGAGAUAUUUACAGAUCAUGGGAAAAAUGGAACUGUUUUACCAUGCUU